AAAUUGAUGAUGAGCAAAAAUGGGUUUGUGAUUCUUCUGUGGAUCAUAAAGGAAGAGUUCCUCUUAGGGGUUCAACUGGUGUCUGGAAAGCCUCCCUCUUCAUUAUAGAAAAAUCAAGAAUUCAAGGGGUUGUGUUCUGAGUUCGGACUUUUGAUAGACAGUAGCAGCGAUAUAGAUGGAGAGUUGGUGGAAGCCUUGAAUGGCUUUCUUUUUCUCUUUAUAGCUCUAUCUUUUAUAAUUUUUAAUUUUCUUAGUCGAAUUCCCACACCUGUAUCUAUACCUGGAUCCGCACCCCGAAUCUUAAAGUUUAGAUUUUGCCGAAUCCGACACUCGGAUCCGUGCCCGUACUGAAUAUCCGCACCUGAGUCUGAGCAGCUUAGAUUCCCAACAUAAGUUCCAAAGCUUAACUCCAGCCAUUGCUGCUGCUAUUGUGCUAGAAUCAUCCCAGUGACACAAAAUAUUAGACAGUAUCUACACACAACAUUUUUUUCUUUACAUAAUUUUUAUCUUAAAAUUUCAAUUGCCACUAAGCAUAACUAUAGAUGAGCUUUAUAUUGAUUCACUUGGUUAAGAAUAAUCAAAGAGGUGAUUAGAUUUUCACUUUGUUAACAUGUUCCUUCAUGGUUAUGCAUAUCAGAGACAGUGAUGAAUUAAUUGUUACCUUUCUUACAGUAAUUGAAUUCAGUGAGAGGUUGAGUUACUUUGGAUUAGCAACAAGUUUGAUUAUAUACCUAACAAAAGUCAUACAUCAAGACCUCAAAACAGCAGCAAAAAGUGUGAACUACUGGUCAGGAGUCACCACCUUAAUGCCAUUGCUUGGAGGCUUUCUGGCUGAUGCAUACUUUGGAAGAUUUUCUACAGUUCUUAUCUCAACCACUGUCUACCUCCUGGGCUUGCUUCUCUUGACAAUGUCUAGAGUGGUUCCUAGUCUGAAACCUUGUGAUAGUGACCUCUGUCAUGAACCUAGAAAAGUCCACGAGGCGAUUUUCUUCCUUGCGAUCUACCUAAUCUCAAUUGGGACAGGAGGGCACAAGCCUUCUCUUGAGAGCUUUGGAGCUGAUCAGUUUGAUGAUGAUCAUCCUUCGGAAAAAAAGAAGAAAAUGUCUUUUUUCAACUGGUGGAAUUUUGGGCUAUGCUGUGGACUAUUACUUGGUGUUACUCUUAUCGUUUAUGUUCAAGACCGCAUUAGUUGGGCUAUGGCAGAUUUGAUCCUCACACUAGUUAUGGCUUCUAGUUUAGUCAUCUUUAUUGCAGGGAGACCGUUCUAUCGUUAUAGAAAAGCAACUGGAAGUCCAUUAACACCAAUGUUACAGGUGCUUGUAGCUGCAAUUAGAAAAAGAAAUCUUCAUCUUCCUUCUAAUCCUUCCCAUUUACAUGAAAUUCCCAAAUCAGAAACUAGCCAAAGGAGGCUUUUAUGUCACACCAAGAAGCUGAAGUUCCUUGAUAAAGCUGCGAUUCUUGACGACAAACAAUAUUCAAUAGAACAGCAGCAGAAUCCAUGGAAACUUGCAAGUGUGACCAAGGUGGAAGAAUUGAAGCUAGUUAUCAACACGAUUCCCAUUUGGCUAACCACUAUACCAUUUGGUAUUUGUGUAGCACAAGCUGCAACAUUUUUCAUCAAACAAGGCGUGACACUGAACCGAAAGAUUGUUCACAAUUUUGAGAUUCCCCCUGCCUCAAUUUUUGCCUUAGCAGCAUUUGGCAUGAUAAUAUCUGUCACUAUCUAUGAGAAAAUUCUCGUACCUGUCCUAAGACGGGCAACAGGAAACGAAAGAGGCAUUAGUAUUCUCCAAAGGAUCGGUAUUGGAAUGAUCUUCUCUGUUUCUACUAUGAUAGUUGCAGCUCUGGUCGAAAGAAAAAGAUUGAAUAUUGUUCAUAAAAAUCCACUCGAGGGUUCAGCUUCAAUGAGUGUGUUCUGGUUAGCCCCACAAUUCCUUAUAAUCGGAAUAGGAGAUGGAUUUACCUUAGUGGGAUUACAAGAAUACUUCUAUGACCAAGUACCUGAUUCCAUGAGAAGUUUAGGCAUUGCACUUUACCUUAGUGUGAUUGGUGCUGCAAAUUUUAUUAGCAGCCUCUUGAUAACUAUUGUGGAUCAUAUCACAGAAAAGGGUGGCAAGAGUUGGUUUGGGAAGGAUCUAAAUAGUAGUCGGCUCGACUAUUUUUACUGGUUGUUAGCUACCAUUACAGCAGUAAAUUUGUGUGUGUAUGUUUUUGUUGCAAGGAACUAUUCCUACAAGAAUGUACACGGUAGGAAAACUAUAGCUGUGGCUGAUUGUGAUGAUCGUGAAGCAGUGGCUUAGUAUAUAAAUAUUCCUUUAAAUGUUUUACGUAAUAUUUUUACUACGUUUAUUGACAUAGUAAUAUCAGUGUAUUCUGACAAGUUUAAAGGAAAUAAGAAAUCCCUCUUUUUCAA